AUGAAGCCAAAAUCUGGGGCCAAUGGAACAGCCAUUACUGAGUUCAUCCUGCUGGGCUUGGUGGAGUCACCAGAGCUGUGGCCAGUUGCCUUUGUGCUCUUCCUCUUAGCCUACCUGGUCACAGUAGGGGGCAACCUCAGCAUCCUGGCAGCCAUCCUGGUAGAGCCCAAACUCAACACCCCCAUGUACUUCUUCCUGGGGAACCUAUCAGUGCUGGAUGUUGGGUGCAUCAGUGUCACUGUUCCUCCAAUGUUGGGUCGUCUCUUAUCCCACAAGCAUACAGUUCCCUAUGGAGCCUGCCUCUCCCAGCUCUUCUUCUUCCAUCUGCUGGUUGGGGUGGACUGCUUUCUGUUGACAGCCAUGGCCUAUGACCGAUUCCUGGCCAUCUGCCGGCCCCUCACCUACAGCAUUCGCAUGAGCCAGACAGUCCAGAGGAUAUUGGUGGCUGUGUCUUGGGCUUGUGCCUUCACUAAUGCACUCACCCACACUGUGGCCAUAUACACACUCCACUUUUGUGGUCCCAAUGUGAUCAAUCACUUCUACUGUGACCUCCCACAGCUCUUCCAGCUCUCCUGCUCCAGCACCCAACUCAAUGAACUGCUGCUCUUUGCUGUGGGUUUCAUCAUGGCAGGUACCCCCAUGGCUCUUGUUAUCAUCUCUUAUGCCCACGUGGCAGCUGCAGUUGUACGAAUCCGCUCUGUGGAGGGAAGGAAGAAAGCCUUUUCCACUUGUGGCUCCCACCUCACUGUGGUCACCAUUAUCUAUGGUUCAGGUAUCUUUAACUACAUGCGACUAGGUUCAGUGAAGCUUUCAGAUAAGGACAAAGCUGUUGGAAUUUUUAACACUGUCAUCAACCCCAUGCUGAAUCCUAUCAUCUACAGCCUCAGGAACCCUGAUGUGCACGGCGCCCUCUGGAGGUUUCUCACAGGGAGGCGGUCAGUGUCUUGA